CCCACACUACUUUUUUUUCCUGAAGAACAUGACUUUUGAAGAGCUCGCAGGAGAUCCAGGAGACAGGAUGGAGGCGGUAGGAAAGGCUUUGGAGGAGAUCCUGAGCUCAGCAUUACCACAGGGUUGCAUCACAGCCGGUGUGUACGAGGCAGCCAAGUUACUGAACGUAGAUUCGGAUAAUGUGGUUCUGUGCUUACUGGCGAGCGACAGCACCGACAAAGUGGAUGUGGCUUUGCAGAUCCAUUUCACCCUGAUUCAGGCGUUCUGCUGCGAAAACGACAUUGACAUCAUGCGGGUUAACAACAUGCAGAGGCUGGGGGAACUGCUCGGGGCUGUGGAUGGAGCUGGGGAACCCAGGGAUCUACACUGUAUAUUAGUCACUAGGCAAGUGUCGCCGUGGAAGGACCCAGCCCUGAGCAAAGUGACCUGUUUCUGCAGAGAGAGCCGUUUCCAGGACCAGUGGGUGCCUAUCAUUAACCUGCCAGAGCGAUGAGAGAGAGAGA